AUGGACUGGCAUUCACCUCACACGCAUGACCAUCCUCAGGAUCUCGAGAACAUGAUGCAUUACUUGACAGGUCAAUCAAUAACUGGCAUGUUGCCAUGUGAUAUUUUUCAUUUCAGAAAGUUUCACAACUGUCCGUGCCCUUCUGCGUGAUUCCGGAAGCCAUCGCACAGAUGAAAUCGCUCGUCGGAUCGACCAAGCCGACAUGGAGUUCACCCGUCUUCGUGCAAAUUCAAUGCGAAAUUCGAUGGAGCAGAAUCUGGCCCGUUUGAGACAAGAACGGAUGGAGAAGUGAGAACUGGUGCCUUUAUGAUUGUCAUGUCAUGAUUUUAGAACCGACUCCGACUCGUCCUCGGAUGACAGCGAUUUCGAUCUGGACUACACUUACCCUUUCAUGUAUUGGGAUCCUUCGCCCACCGGCACCAGCACCGAAGCUCCGGCCGACGCCACAGAACCGUGAGUUAUCCAUGUUCAAAACAAAAGUAAUCUAACUCAAUUUCAGAGCAAAAGUGACCCAAAAAAUCACUGAGAAUCAGGUGCUUACCGAGAAACAGACAGGAAAUUUAAACGGGUACGUUGCACCUUUCCUAUGAUAAACCUAUCAACAUCUGUUCACUGGCGCCAAUGCAUCGUUUUUAGUGAUUCGUCAAGCGAACCCAUGAAGAGAAAGGCGCCUGCCGAACUGGCAAACGCACCUGCUGCGAAGAGAACCAUGCAAACCAUGGAUGUCGAUGUACAGACCAUUGACAAUUGAGAUACUUCUUCUCCGUCUUCCCAAUUAGCGACAAGACUACAAUCGCUUCUUUUAACCUUCCUCUAUUGUACGAUGAAUAACACAAAGCAGCUACCAUUUUGAUCGUAAACAUUUUGAGAUUGAUUUUAUAGCCAACACUUCUUCUCUUUGUAAAUCUAAUUGAAUUCAUUCCUUUUCCUUCUACUUAUUCAUUUCAGUGACUCUUUUCCAGCUGCUAUUCGGUGUUCUCUUUAAAAUAAAAGUUCGGUGUGUCUUAUUGAUUUAUCGGUUUUCGCUUCAAAAUGUUUGCAGUGCAUGCAUCCGUUGCUUAUCUUCUAUCUUAAUUUUUUUUAAUGCUCAUUUGACACAUCAUUUCAGAGCAUCAUGUCUGCUGAGGAGCCAGGAGAGAGUAGCGAUGUAGAGCUCGGUCCGAGACCGGAAUCUCCGGACGAAAGCAAUCAGGAAAUCGUUUUGAGACGAGCGAGGGAGGAAAACGGUGAGGAUCCGCCAUCGAGACCGUUAUCGGCCGACAUCGCUCGUCUCGAGCAAGAGUUGGGCUUCGUCAGACCCCAACCGAGAAGAUGGCACUGGCUUGACAGAGCCAGAAACGCCGAAGGACAAAUCGGUAAGUUUUUCAAUUCCAGUUCCAGUAAAAGUUAAUUCUGAUAAUUCUCAGUUCCGGCGCUGAUCCAGGGAGCUCUCGAAGCGCAUGAAAACGAUUUACGCGAAAUGAUGGACGCGAUGAACGAGCGACUCGACGAUUUCGAAGCGGAGUUAGUUGACACACCUGAAAGUUUUUAUAAUUUAGAUGUUCAGGUACAUCAGACAGCGCGGUCUUCUUCACGACGACUCAUCGGGAAUCGAUUCGGAUGAGGAACGAGAGGACCCACUGGAAGUGGAGAGAAACAUCAUCCAGCGUGUGCAGGAGCGCGUGCCGCUUCCGUUCCAACUUGGAGAAGAGUUCGACUUGGAUCAUCUCUAUAGACUCCGUGAACUCCGUCUCGCCGAGCAAGAAAUUGACCCAAUUGAGUAAUUCUGGUGAGUUAUUGAUGAAAUCGGAAUGUAACUUGAUUGUGAAUUUUACAGACCACCCGAAAAUCGUCUUGCCCAUGCACAUCAAUCCACACAUUUCCGAAUAA